GAUUGAUUAUUCUGCCGGUAUUAUUAAAUUUUCUCCCAAUUUUCUGAGGUUUGGAGCUCGGCGAUACUGCUUUACUGUGGAAGAGAUGUCGUUGCAAAUCUGAUGCAAUCCUGCAUUUAUUCCGUGCAAUGAGUUGUGAACGCUAUUGUGGCCAAAAUGAUGGUAAAUAGGUAUUAUUUUAUAAUAUCAACCCAAGAUUUCAGCCAUUCUGUUUAGUAUCACCUUGAAUUGUUGUGGUGAAAGAGUGGUAAAUCGAAUGGUGGAGCCCAGGAAACAGGAUCAGGUUGACAGGAAGAGCACAGCUAAGGUUGAUUACUUGAAGGAGGUUGAGGCACAGAUCCAGAAGAGAUGGGCUGAUAACAAAACAUUUGAAAUAGAUUCUGCUCCUCCUGGAUCACCAGAUGCUAAGAAAGAAAAGUUCUUUUGCACAUUUCCAUAUCCUUAUAUGAAUGGAAGACUUCAUCUUGGACACACCUUUACCAUUUCAAAGGCUGAGUUUGCCAUUGGAUAUGAAAGACUGAAAGGAAAAAGGUGUCUGUUUCCAUUUGGACUCCACUGCACAGGCAUGCCAAUCAAGGCUUGUGCAGAUAAGUUGAAACGCGAAAUCGAUGACUUUGGAUUUCCACCAAAGUUUCCUGAAAAUAGUGAAAGAGAAGAAGCUAAACAGUUGAAAAGUAAAAUUGCUGCAAAGACUGGUGGUUUGGAGUAUCAGUGGCAGAUUAUGCAGUCACUUGGAAUGAGUGAUGAAGAAAUCAAACAGUUUGCUGAUGCUGAUCACUGGCUGCAGUAUUUUCCACCUUUGGCAAAAUCUGACCUUCAAAAUAUGGGACUGAAGGUUGACUGGAGACGGACAUUUAUCACCACGCAUGUCAAUCCUUAUUAUGAUUCAUUUGUAAGAUGGCACUUCUGGACUCUGAAAGACGGUGGGAAAGUGAAGUUUGGCAAAAGGUACACAAUAUUCUCUCCCAAGGAUGGGCAGCCCUGCAUGGAUCACGACCGACAGACAGGAGAGGGAGUGGCACCACAAGAAUACACGGGAAUCAAAAUGAAGGUUUGCGAACCAUUCAAAGGGAAAUUAAGUGCUUUGACAGGAAAGAAUGUGUUCUUGAUGGCUGCAACACUGAGACCAGAAACAAUGUAUGGACAGACAAACUGCUGGGUUCAGCCGGACAUCAAGUACAUUGCCUUUGAGACAAACAUUGAGAAUGAGAUUUACAUCAGCACACGACGAGCAGCCAGGAACAUGUCCUACCAAGGGUUCACCCCUAAGGAAGGAGUUGUCAAUGUUGUCUUGGAGCUGACAGGACAGGAUAUCAUGGGGAUUCCUCUAGACGCUCCGCUUACAAAGCACUCUGUAGUCUACACACUUCCCAUGUUGACCAUCAAAGAAGACAAAGGUACCGGUAUCGUGACGUCAGUUCCUUCAGAUGCCCCGGAUGAUUAUGCGGCUCUCAGAGAUGUGAAGAACAAAGGGGCUUUCAGACAGAAGUAUGGUAUCACGGACGAGAUGGUUCUUCCUUAUGAACCAAUACCCAUCAUCCGGGUUCCUGGCUAUGGGGACCUCUGCGCCGUAAAGGCCUGUGAUGACCUCAAGAUAAAGAGCCAAAACGACAAGGACCUUCUAGUGGAAGCUAAAGAACUCACCUACAAAAAGGGCUUCUACGAAGGAACCCUGAUUAUCGGAGAAUUUGCGGGCCAGAAAGUUCAGGAUGUGAAGAAACUUGUGCAAAAGAAGAUGACGGACUGUGGCGAAGCACGAAUUUACAUGGAGCCAGAGAGAAAGGUUAUUUCGCGUUCUGCGGAUGAGUGCGUCGUUGCUUUAUGUGAUCAGUGGUUUCUGGAUUACGGCGAAGAGUCGUGGAAAAAUGAAGCGCGGGAAUCUCUGAAAGAUCUCAACACAUAUGCUGAGGAAACCAGGCGGAACUUUGAGGCCACAUUAGACUGGAUUCAGGAGCAUGCGUGUUCGAGGUCUUAUGGUCUUGGAACUCGCCUUCCUUGGGAUGAACAAUAUUUAAUUGAGUCCCUUUCCGAUUCCACCAUCUACAACGCCUACUACACAGUAGCCCACCUGCUACAGGAAGGAUCCUUUGACGGCUCCGCCGGCGGGCCCCUGGGAAUAAGGGCAGAACAAAUGACCCGAGAAGUAUGGGAUUUUGUGUUCUUUAAAGAUGCUCCUUUCCCCAACACAGACAUCCCAGCAGACAAACUGAACAAACUGCGACAAGAGUUUCAGUACUGGUACCCAGUUGACCUGCGGGUGUCCGGAAAGGAUCUGGUACCUAAUCACCUGACGUAUUUCCUGUACAAUCACUGUGCCGUGUGGCCAAAGGAGAAAGACAAGUGGCCACGAAGUGUUCGAGCCAAUGGACACUUGCUACUGAACUCUGAAAAGAUGUCAAAAUCUACUGGAAACUUCCUCACUCUGCGGCAAGCUGUGGACAAGUUUUCAGCUGACGGUAUGCGUUUGUCCUUGGCUGAUGCUGGAGACACAAUGGAAGAUGCAAACUUUGUGGAAAAGAUGGCUGAUGCAGGAAUUUUGCGUCUUUUUACAUUCCUCGAAUGGACUAAGGAGAUGCUCGCUUGUAAGGAUUCUCUGCGUACUGGGCCAACAACCUGUUUUGACGAUCGAGUAUUUGAGAGUUCUAUUAACAAAGCCAUCGACGAGACAGACACUAACUAUAAGAACAUGAUGUACAGAGAAGCGCUAAAGACUGGCUUCUAUGAACUGCAGGCGGCUAGGGACAGAUACCGAGAGGGCUGUAUGGUGGGCAUGCAUAGGGACCUCGUGUUUCGGUUCAUUGAGGUUCAAACGCUGUUGUUAUGUCCAAUCUGUCCACAUCUCGCUGAACACUUGUGGGAGCUGAUCGGAAAGAGUGGAAGUAUCAUGAACGCGUCAUGGCCGGCAGCAGGAGAGGUUGAUCAGCCACUGUUGAAAUCAGCUGACUAUUUAUCAGAUCGCGCGCAUGACUUCCGGGUACGAAUCAAGGCCAUGAUGAACCCCAAAGGAAAAAAGAAAGAUGCAGCCCCGCCCAAGAAACCUACCCAUGGUAUCAUCUACGUGGCCAGCUCUUACCCGGCCUGGCAGCACGCCACUCUUAACACCCUUAAGGAAAUGUACAAUCAACUGGGAGGGAACUUCCCUGACAACAGGGACAUCAUGAACAGGAUGAAACAAGUACCAGAAGUGAAGAGUGCCAUGAAGAAGCUGAUGCCUUUUGUACAACACGUCAAGGAAUCUGUGGAGCGUGAUGGUCCAGCGGCGUUAGAGACCACUCUGCCCUUUGACGAAAGACAAGUUCUCGACGAGAACAGGCCUUUCCUUACAAAAGCUUUGGAGUUGGUUAGUGUCGAAGUCAAACCGUCAAGUGAAGCAGACAAGCGAAUUCAAGAGGAUUGUGCUCCAGGAAAACCAUUCUCGGUAUUUACAGUGAAGGAAAAUCAGGUUUGUUUACGAUUUGUUUGUUCCUGAUCUUGUUUCAUUUUGACUUCAUUUGCGUAGUGGCGAUCAAUUUCGCAAAAAAAAAAAAAAAAAAAAA